AUGACAGAGGAGGUUCAUGAAAGGUUCCUGGAAUUUCUGGAUAGUACGCCCAAGAUCAGGGUGGAGGCUGAGCAGGCGAUAUAUAGGAACGAGGCGGUGCUGCUGAUUGAUCUUCAGGACAUCAAUGCAUACUCUGCAGAAUUGUAUGCCGACAUAAUUCGGAACUUUUCACAGAACAUCGACAAGAUUAACAGAAGCACUGCGCUUUACACAAUGAGGGAGUUUUCGAAGGCACUUGAAUGCACGUCAUUCCACAACAGCCAUGUAGUGUAUAAGAUCAGGGAGCUGAAGAGCGACAAACUCGGACAGCUUUUAAGCUUCAGCGGGACGGUUACAAGAACCACUCAAGUUAGGCCGGAGCUCUCCAAAGGAACUUUUGUAUGCAAGGUGUGUAGCUCUGUUGUUGGCGAUGUUUUCCAGGAGUUCAAGUAUACAGAGCCCCUGGUGUGCCCCAACCACCUGUGCACAAACAGAAGGCUAUGGAAGCUUGAUAUUGACAAGAGCAAGUUUCUGAACUGGCAGAAGAUACACAUCCAAGAAAACACAGAAGAGAUUCCUCCGGGGUCCCUUCCAAGAAGCAUGGAUGUGAUUGUCAGGAAUGAUUUGGUGGAAAAGAUAAGGGCUGGGGAUAAGGUUGUGAUGACGGGAUAUCCCAUAGUUGUUCCUGAUGUGGUACAGCUGAUGAUGCCUCAAAGCAAGACUGUCCCCAUGCAGAGUGGGGAGCUGGACGAGAUCAAGAAGAAGAGGAACAUAAACAUAAAGGAUCUUAACUACAAGUUGAGCUUUAUGUGCAUCCAUGCCGACUGUAGCGUUGUUGAAGACGACGAAUUUACAAACGAGGAGCUUGGGAUCAUAAGCGAAAUGAGAUCGACGCCCGACCUCUAUUACAAGCUAAGCCAAAGUAUGUUUCCAUCGAUACACGGGCACUACUCAAUUAAGAAUGCCAUACUACUGCUACUUGUUGGAGGGGUUGGAAAGAAAGCAGAGGGAGGAACCAGCCUGCGGGGAGAUAUAAAUGUUCUGCUUGUUGGCGAUCCCGGAACUGCGAAGUCACAGUUUCUGAAGCAGGCAAGUGCAUUUCUCCCAAGAAGCGUUUACACGUCUGGCAAGAGCAGUAGUGCGGCAGGCCUCACGGCUAGUGUGAUAAAGGACGGAGAGACUGGAGAAUUUACCAUUGAAGCAGGGGCAUUGAUGCUGAGCGACACCGGCGUAUGCUGUAUCGACGAGUUCGACAAGAUGAAUAUUAAAGACCAAGUGAGCAUCCACGAGGCAAUGGAGCAGCAGACAAUAACCAUAUCCAAGGCUGGAGUGAAUGCAACCCUUAAUGCCAGAAGCAGUAUUCUAGCAGCAGCGAAUCCCAUAAAGGGAAGGUACGAUAGGAAAAAGACAUUGAGGCAGAACAUAAACCUCAGUGCGCCUGUUAUGUCAAGGUUUGACCUAUAUUUCGUUCUUAUCGACGAUGCAAAUGUGGAAAACGAUAGGAAUGUUGCAACGCAUGUCCUCAACAGCCACGCAUCGGUUGCUGAUUCUGGGGUGCUUUCAAGCUACUUCACAAGAGAGCAGGUCAAGCUGUAUUUGCGGUAUGCAAGAAAGAGAACGCCCAGGAUGACUGAGGAAGCAAAGGAGAUGCUCAUCAAGAAGUAUAUAAGCAUAAGACAGGACAGCCUUAUUCACAGUAACAACUAUAUGAUGACUGUCAGACACCUAGAGAGCCUUAUCCGGCUCAGUGAGGCACUUGCAAAGGUACACGGUAGUGAGCUUGUGACGAAGGAGUACGUGGAAGAAGCACACAGACUGGUGAAGAGCAGUGUUGUUGAGGUCAAGGGCGAAGAUAUAGAAAUAGUCCCUGGGACGGGAGACGAACCUGGAUUCAUGAUAAAUAGCAAGGAUUACAUAAGAAUAACCAACUCCUUCAUAUACCUCAUAAAAACACGGGAGCCUAUGGAAAGACAUGAGCUGAUCGAGGCAUUUCUUUUUGAAAACGAAUCAUCCAUAGAGAGUGAGAAGGCCUUGAUUGAAGAGCAGAACAAGGCUGAAAACGUACUGUCCUUCCUCAUAGGCAAAGAGGGUGUUCUGUUCAUCACCGAUGGGAAAAUCCACAUUCAUCCCAGCUAUGAUGUAUGA